AUGAGCAGCCCAACUCCAUAUGAACCAGACGAAGACGACGACGACACAUCGGAAUACAAGCUCAAGAUCAAGCGUUCACAAACAAGCGCCCCGUUACCGGUUCCUCCGUCAACUGGUCCCACUUCGUCGACAACAAAUCCACCCGUGCAAACGUCGAAGACGGAACGCAGAUCCGCAAGAGGCACGCGGGCCCAGGCGCUAGAGGAUCUACAAUUAUCGCUAUCGAAGGAGUCUGCGGAAGCAUACUCCAGCGUGCUUGCGGGAAUCAUCGAAGAUCAUGCGCCCGUCCCUACAAUCAACGGUGGUGAGAACCACAUUACAUCGCAGAAUGGAAUCGUGACCUGGACCCCAAAGGAAAAGGAGGUACUAUAUCAUGUUUUGGAUAGGAAGAGCAAGGAUGGGAUUCAAGAAAUAUCCCGUCAGCUGGGCUCGAAAUCUGAGCUUGAAGUUCAGGAGCAUUUGAACCUGCUCCAUACGGGCCUGGAAAGACAGCACCUGAAGGAUCGUCAUACUAGGACAAUUAUUCUAGGUGAAGUACCCGCAGCAGCUGAAAUAAGCAAGGACUGCUGUGAUGAGCUCGACCAAUACGCUGAAUUGGUUUCGAUGGAGGAGCAGUUGGCAGAAGAUGUCGCUGGAAAGCAGAAGCAUCAAGACCUGUGGAUCAUCAAUCGGGAGACAGCAGAAGAGCUUUCGCAGAAAGUCAAGUCCCAGGGCGCCGAUCCAAGUGCUAGCUCCAGUGCGCAUCUUACGGCUGAGCUCUUCAAUAUGAGAAAGUGGAUCCGGCUGUCAGAACGAUUCUUUAUGAAUUUUGGCGGUGCACGACUGGAAGACAAUUGGGCCAAUGUAGCCUUCGCGGAUGAAACACCGUCCAUGACUGCCGAUUCGUUCGCGGACUUCUACGCAUUGACGAUCAGUCUGACACGCCGUCUUGUUCAGUCAUCUCUUUUCUUCGCAAUGUCAAGGCUGCGGAAUAUGCGACAAACUGGCAAUCAAAAGGCGAACGUUGUGAGGUCUCGCGAUGUUAAGACUGCGCUGGACGUGCUCAACAUGCAACGGGACCGUUCCGACUACUGGGUCGGCCUGGCGCGGCGAUGCAGUUUGAAGGUAGAAGAUUCUCGUCAUCGAAAGGGGUGGAAAUCAAUACACAUGGAGCAUGAUGAGGUAGAGGAUAUCUUGUCUGGGAAGAUACCUCUGGAAUCAGAGUCGCGUGAGAGAAGUGCCUCGAGGGGAAGAUCGGGAAGUCGUGCUCCAGAGAACACGGAUGUUGAGGACCUAGAUUAUAGCGACGACGAGUCUGAAUACUCCGCGGCAUCAUCCGAGCUCUCUUCGCCUAUGUCGUCUCCAGGUGAAGAACAGUCAACGGAUCCAGAGGACGACCAUGCUGAACAAGUUGAUGGUCAGAUGAGCCGUCUUGAGGAAGUGGGACUAUGGAAGCUCAUUGGUGAGCCACCCCCACAGCCCCUCGAAACCCAAAUCCAAAAAUAUGAAGCGCAGGAUGCUGUCCCACGGAGGCCGGUUGGCCAGCGCAAGACAAAGGAGGACCUGGUCGAUUGGCGUGACAGGACCUUUUAUCGCAGCGAAUGGGAGGAAUACGGGCAUGAUCUUGUGGACCUAUACGACGAGCUUUCAGAAAACCGGCGGAAGAGGCGACGUUUCGACCAGACGGAUACAAAGCUUACAGAUCGGUUGAUACCGACUCCUGGUCAGCCGCGUGCCGGCCUUUUUGACACUCGUGUCAUGGAAAAUGACAGCGACCAUGCGAAUGACGAAGAUGACUACGAUGAAAUGCGGGUGGAUGAGCCGACACCAUCCAAAUCUGAAAUCGAAGAGUUUCCAGAUAGAGAAGGUACCUCCUCACAGGGCGAGAGUCCUAUAUCCGAACAUGCAUCUCGCCUGAUUGAAGAGCUUGGGGGUCAUCCAGAAGGGUAUCCGCCACGAAGAGACCUGAGAUCAGGCGUUAUGCUAGUCCCUUCCAAGGCCACGGAAGCAGAUAGUCCUCCACGUCGUCGCCUUCGCGGGGCGAUCAAGCCUGAAUCGGAUAGUGAAGCAGCGUCUAGUACUGACGACGAUCUACCUGAGCCACACGCAGCCUCAUCCGAAGAGGAGGAGACCGUUGAAGGCGAGGUGCCAUUGUAUUCCCACCCAAUGAGCCCAGCCGAUCCGGUGUCGGACUGA